UCUACUUAAUUUAGUGAGAAGCUUGUGCUGAGCUCCUCUUUUUAAUCCCUAUCUCCACAUCUUACCUGAUCUGCUCGAAUCUGCAGAGCACCAGUUGAUUUUGCGGAGAGGCGUCGGGAUCACUUAGGCAGAUAACGUACCGUGACUUGUUUGCGAUACUUCCCCUAACUGAUCUCUACACCUUCGAACCUUUGCUCUUAAUCUAUCCCCUUACAAUUACCGUCAUCUGAACCGCCAUGUCUGCUUCACCGGACCGCAAGGCUGUCUCGCCUGCUGCCUCGCCCGCCGCCUCGCCCGCCGCCUCUCCCGAUCCCGAAGUCCCCGAGCAAGUCGCAACUCCGGUUACUGGUGACGACAACGAGGGCGAGAACUUCACUGAACCUGCUGCCGACGCCAAGGAAGCCACGGAAAACGUUGACGAUGAUCUACACGACGGAGACGACGACGAAGUUGAUGAUGACAAGCUUUCAGACGACGAGUCUAUUUUGUCCGAGGUUGACGAGGCACAAUUCGACAGCUUCGACCCAGAGAAUGUUGAUGUCGAGGACCGCCCACAACUUGCUAUUGACGAAGAUAACCUGAAACUCAUUGGUCGUCACAAGCGCAAGCGCACUGAGGAUGGCGAGAGUCGUCCGCGCCGAAAGGAAGGUCGUCGCGAGAAGAAGAGCCGUCGAGCUGAUGAGGGAGGCGACGAAGAAGGCUCAUCUCGCCGACGUGAGCGCAAGCAGCGCGAGGAUAAGCCCGAUGUGGAUGAGGAGACUCUUGACCCGGAGACCCGACGUCGCCGAGCGCUCGACCGCGCUAUGGAUGAGGCGAUGAAGAAGCCGGCGAAGAGACGUUUCCGCAAGCAGGAUGGCAUUGAUUUGGAAUCUAUGGCGGAUGCUGAAAUUGAGGAUAUGCGCAAGCGCAUGACCCACGCAGCGCAAAUGGAUGCGAUAAGCCGCCAAGAAGGAAAACCAGCUAUGCACAAGCUCAAGCUCCUUCCCGAAGUUAUCAUGCUCCUUAAUCGCAACCAGUACACCAGCGCCCUGGUCGACCCGGAGAUUAACUUAUUGGAAGCCGUUCGAUUCUUCCUCGAGCCUCUCGACGAUGGCGCGAUGCCCGCUUACAACAUCCAGCGCGACCUAUUGACCGCCAUUACCAAGCUUCCUAUCAACAAAGAUGCUUUGAUUGCCAGUGGCAUUGGAAAAGUGGUUGUCUUCUACACCAAGAGCAAGCGCACCGAGCGUCGCAUCAAGGAAAUGGCAGAGAAGUUGCUGGCCGAGUGGACACGACCAAUUCUCCAGCGCAGCGACGAUUAUUCGAAGCGGGUCUACCAGGAGGCCGAUUAUGAUCCUACGAAAGUUGUCAGGCGCGCUCCUCCCACCGCCGAGGAGAUCCAAGCCGAAGAGCGUGCCCGCGCGAUGCUUCCUCCCCGCCUUCUCAACCGUGCUCGUGUCGAUCGUACCAACGUCAGCUAUACCGUGGUUCCGCGCCAGACAUCUGUGCGCGAGACUCAGUUUGCGCGCCCCUUGGGUGCCAGCGGCGAGGAUCGUUUCCGCAAGAUGCAAGCCCGCCAGGCUGCGGCACGCAAGGCGUCUCGUCGGUAGAUUCGGCACCUGUAAAUUUCUUUCCAAAAUGGCAUCGGCCAGUUCCGUUAUGUGAGAUAAUUUUUACGGUGUUCGGGCGUUUCGGGAUCAAUCGGGGAUUGAUUAGGGAUUUGGGAGUGUGUCACCUUCGCAUUCCGAGUGGAAAUAAGCAGAAUUUUUAUCAAUUGAAAUUCUU